AUGGAGUCACAAAUUCAUGGUGAUAGGGGACCAAGAAAAAAUAAAAGGAAGUGGAAUGAUAUAGAAGACGAGAAACUUGUUGAAGCUAUGGUUGAUAUACUCAAUUCAGGUUCUCACUUUAAAUCUGACAAUGGUUUUAAGCCUGGGUUCUUUGGUGCGGUGGAAACACGACUUGCAAUCUCACUUCCCAACUCGGGAAUAAAAGCAAAACCACAUAUUGAAUCACGCAUAAAAACUUUGAAGAGCGAUUGGUCUGCGGUGCAUGAUAUGAUGUCAUGGAACAACACAAGUGGUUUUGGAUGGGAUUAUGAAAAUAAGAUGCUUGAAGCUCCUCAAUCUGUUUGGCAAGCAUAUGCUAUGGAUCGUGCUAAUGGAAGAGAUGCUCAAACAGCAGCGGAUGUUAUAUCUGAGAUAAAUAACGAACAACAGGAUCCAGACGAUUACAUGCAAGGAACUGGAGAUGGGUUAGAGGAUAUAGAUGUUAAUGCUCCUGUGAAUAGUCCUACAUAUGCUCAUUCUAAAGAAUAUUCGAGUACACAACGAAAGAGAAAAAGAAGAAAUAGUUGGGAUCCUUUGAUGAACAGCUUGAAAGAUUCGGCAGAUAUAAUUGGUUCAAAGAUUGAUAAUGCAACAAGUACCUUUAAUGCGGUUUUUGGGAUUGAGAGAGAUAGAGAAGACCUACGUAAAAAACUUAAUUCUGAGAUGAAAAAAGUUGUUGGUUUAACUGUCCGUGAUUGUAACAAGGCAGUUCGUAUGCUUUCAAAGAAUGAUGAGUUGAUGGUAAUCUUCUUUACCGUUGAGGAUGAAGACAAAUUUAAAUGGGUAAAGGACUUGCUUGAAGAUGAUGCUUAA